AUGUCAAUUGUCCGACACCCAAAUAUUUAAAUUUAAUAAUUUCAUAAAUUGUUCAAUAAAAUCUUAAUUAAAAUGAGUAUUAAUUUAAGUGAUUUUAGUACAAUAUGUAGAAUUUGUUUAGUUGCUAAGGAAAAUAUGAAAUGUUUGACAAGUGAAAUUUAUCACAUGAUUGAGGAAUGUACCGCCGAACAGGAAAUGUAUCGUCAAGAUAAAUUUCCACAGCAAAUUUGUCCGGAUUGUUUAACACAAUUGAAGAGCUCUUAUCAUUUCAAACAACAAUACGUUUUAUCCUUAGAAAUAUUGUACGAUAUUUUGUUAAAAACUGAAAAAUCCGAUAAAGACGACGAUAAACAUAACGUAAAAAAUGAGAUUAAUGAACAAGAAACAUUUCAAGAUCAAUCUGUGAUAGAUAAAAAAUCGAUUAAAGAAGAAGAAGAAGAAGAAGAAGACCAGGAUGAUGACAAACUCGAUGUUAAAAGUAAUCAUUCAAAUAGUUCAGACCCUGAUUAUAACGAUGCUGCUGAUAAUGACGAUGACGAUGAAAAAGAUGAUGAUGAUGGUAAGGAAGAAUCUCAAAAUAGUGGCGAUGAAUUUGAUAAAGAGCGUAGUGAAUUAGCAAAAUCGAUGGUAGAGCUUUUAUCAACGUCUACGUAUAAAUUACUCGACUUAACAUGUAAUAUUUGUAAUCGUAAAUUAGCAACACGUUUUGCAUUAGUUAAUCAUAUUAAAACACAUAUUAAAAAUCGACCGUAUAAACAUUUUUGUAAAAUAUGCUUUCAAGGAUUUUAUUGUACCGUUGGUUUAAACAAACAUAUGCAAAAGCAUGAAGGAAAAGCAGAAUAUCGUUGUGAAAUAUGUUCAAAAGAUUUUUACGAACUACGACCAUUUGCUAUUCAUAACAGCACCAAACAUAAUACAAAACCAGUGCAAUGUACGCAAUGCAAACAAGAAUUUCUACAUCCGUUACAAUUAGAGCGACAUGAAAGACGUGUUCAUCGACAAAAAGAAUUUAUUUGUGAUAUUUGUGGUAAAAAGUGUGCAAGAAAUUCACAUUUAAAACUACAUCGUGCGAAACAUUCCGAUGAAAGACCGUUUACUUGUUCACAUUGCGGCAAUACAUUUAAGUUAUUAUCCAGUAUGAAUAAACAUAUACGUAAUGUGCAUACGCAUGUAGACGAUGCCCAACGACAAAUGUGCUCAAUUUGUGGUAAAUCGGUAAAAAAUUUAAAAGUACAUUUAAUCGCACACGAACAAACACGUAAUUAUAAAUGUCCGGUAUGUUUAAAAAUGUAUAAAAAUAAAUACUUUUUAAAUAAUCAUAUCAAAGAAAAACAUCCAUCCGAUGGUAUUGUUAAGAAAUAUUAUUGUCCAAUAUGUAAUAAAGCAUUGGCGGAACGUAGUAAUUUAGCAAAACAUAUGGCAUGUGUUCAUGAAACAGAGAAAAAACAUGGAUGCUCGUUUUGUGGUAAAAAGUAUAAAUUAAAAUCACAUGUUAAUAAACAUAUUCGAACGGUACACAUGGAUGAAAGACCGCAUGCGUGCACAAUUUGUAAAGAAGCAUUUUUCUCGAAAUUUAUUUUGAGGAAUCAUAUGGUUACGCAUACAGGUGAACGACCGUAUGCGUGUAACACAUGUGGAAAAACGUUUGGAACUAAAGGUGUUUUAGUUACACACAUGAAAGUUCACUCAAAAUAAACUCAUGCUGUUUGUUUAUAGGCCACAAGCCCAUGCUGAAAUUUUUCGGGUGAAAUGACCCACCAGGAAACAUGUUGAAAAAGAUGCUUCUAUAUGUAAAAGUAUGUUUGAGCACCAUGGCGUCAGUUUUGCACAGUACAGGUGGAAAUAUGAAUGUCACACUCAUUGGUAUCUCACCCCUGUACCAGCAAAUAUGUACGGCCUUGCUGGAUAACUUCGUAUACUCAUGCUAACUUUGCAUGAGUAUACGAAGCGAUUUACAUAAAUGCCGUACAGAAAUUAACACGAAGGGCUUCGGAAAUUGACGGGAGAUUAAAAGCUUUUUUUAACUUCCGGUACCGAAGUUAUCGGAUUUAUUUCUGUACGGCAUUUAUGUAAUUCGCUUCGUGGAUUAUUUCACCCGAAAAUUUUCAGCAUGAACUUGUGGUCUUAUUAAUUCUUAUUAAAAAAAAACAACAAUUUAGAAUUAGGGAAUAAAAUCCCGAAUAUCUUUCGAGGUCUGACAUUUAUGAUAGUCGAUUCCAGAAUUAGAAUUUUGCUUUACACAAGUAAAAUUUACAAAAUUAAAAAAACUGCCGACAGGUACGAAAUCCUAAACUCGCUCUUGAAACAUAGCUAAGAACAACCUUCGUUAAAUUACCUUUUUCCUUAUAGCUCUCUCCAAACUGAAUUAAUUUUUAAUU